UCUGUGUGUGGAUCUUGGUAAAUAGGUUGAGAGUGGAAGUGUGUCCAUCUUUCAGAAAUGUCAGGUUGUGGAGUGGGUAGAAAAAGGGGUGUAAAGACAGAGGAAAAAGAGAGGAACAGGUAGAAUGAGAUGAGCAGAGAGGAGGAUGUAAGAAAAGAGGAGAUGAGACGGAGAGGGACAAGAGAUGAGUACAGAGGAGGCCAUUGAUAUAGUGGAAAGGGCAUGACAGCAAACUGUACAAAGGCAUGGAUAUAAAAGAAGUAGACAGAAGAGUGGAAGGAGAGGUAGAAGGUACAGAUGAAUUUCAAAUUAAAUUACAGUUACCCUAAUAGACUAUGUAAUAAACCAUGGCCUCUCCUUUACAGAAGCUGGUAAACAGCAAGAAAAAUAAGGAAUUGAAAAAAAACAAAAAAACAAUAGACACCAUCACAAAAUUUGUAUUGCUUUUACUGGUUAUAUUGGGACUUGUAUUGGUUUUAGUGGAAACUGUAAUGGACCCUGUUGGUCUCUACUGGUAGUUGGUCACCUUCUAUUGGUGGCUGGCUUGUUAAAACUAAUAAAUCCUAAUGGAAUAUGUCCCAAAACACACUACAGAAAACCAUUUUUUAUUUUGUAAGCACGUUUUAAUGGUUAAAAGCUGACGGUUUGUAAUUUUUGUAAUGGUAUUUGUGAUUCAUCUGUGAUGGUAUUAGGAUUUUCUGUGAUGGUUCUAUGUUUUUCAGCAGGGUUGCCUCAUUGUUUUUAUAUAAUGCAUUUUAAGUCAUUUUAAAGGCUGUUGUUUGUUGGGUUAGUUAGGUUUGUUUUUAUAACCACAAAAGAAUAUUAUCUCUUUGUGUAUUAUUAUUUGAGGUAACAAAACCAUGGCUAAUUUGCGGUUACCAUGGCUACAAGAACCAAUUUUUUUUUUGUUGCUUAUUUCGAGGCACGGUUUUGGGACAUAAUAAAAUGCUUAAUGUGGCUGAACUGCUCCAUUGUGAACAUACGAGCUGUAACCACUGCAAGCUGUAAAGUAAACAGGAAGAGUUUGUCCGAACUCAAAUGGUUUUGCGAGAGAACGCCAAACAUUAGAAAAAUAACGUUUUUUCAAAGCAGCACCAUUUGACACCCCAGCCAACAAGAAUUUUCAGACUGCGCAGCACACACAAAAUCCUUUACAUGUUUUGGUUGGGACACAGGCCAGAUUACAAGAACUGAAUGUUGUUGACAGUGCAAAAUCAUUGAGUGACGUGUGAUUCCUUAAAGUUUGGCAUGUUAUUGUGAGGUUUUAAAACGUAGACCAAAAAUCACAGGUGGCUAAGCAUGUCACAUUAUAAGAUUCAGCAUUGUUCCCAACUUUGCAAAAUCAGGCCCGAUCCUUCCAAUUUUGUCGUCUAUGGCUAUGGCUGAAAUGGUGUGGUCAACAGCUUUCUCUCCAGGGCAGCUCUUGUCACAAAAUACAUGACGAAAGCAGGGAGAGAGAAUAUGCUGACUCAACAGGCCAUGGGGUGGAACAGAAAAAAGACAGAGAACCUCCACAAAGUCUUGGUCCACAGAUAUAUCAAAAUCUCUGAGAGGGCAAAGCUGGAAGCUGCCAGCUUCAGUGAAUUCCAGCAAAAGAAUAAUCUCACUGAACAAACAGUACAGCAGUGGGUAUGUGAUGUUCAGCAAUGGGCAGUCACAGCGCUAGUCUCCACACCAGGGAGCACAGAGGACCUCAGAGCUGAGAUAGAGAGCAUCACGGUUAGCUUGCUCCGCAAGAAGCAAGACCUCUAUCGUCAACAUGAUAGCAACCAGACAAGGCAAAGGAAGAGAAAGAAAAUAAGAGAUUUAAAGAAAAAACUAAGAGAAAAGAUCUUGCAGUACAAUUCAACUGAAGAGGAUAAGAUUGAUGAAGAGUUGGCCUGCAGUUUGACGGAAGACUACAUCCUGCCUUGGGAGAGACUUGAAGAUGGACACUCCUUCAGGAUAAAACGGUCAGUUUUUGACAAAAUUAUGCUACUUAAACGCCUUGAGGAGGAGCAGAGCAUCCUGGUCAAAGAGAUGUCCCAGCACAUCAAGUCUCUCCAGAAAGAGAUAAAAGGAGUGGAGAAGCGCAAAAAGAACAUCAGAAUGGGCAAUUUUGGUGACAUGACGGAGGACGCUGCAGAGGGUUGGAAAAGUGUCCUCAUUCGGCGGUCUUCUGCACUGGAACGGCUGUGUCAAGAAGCCGUAAACACAUAUCGUGCUAUAGUUGAUGAUCUCCAGAUACAGGACUCAGAAUGCAGGACAGACACUGAUGACGACGAAUAUGACCUCAGUAGUCCGGAGUCAGAGGAAGAAGAUUAGGAAGGAGACCCCUCCGUUUUGUUUUGUUUUUAAAUUCUCAUCAUCAUCAUUGUCCCUGCCGAGAGUUGUACAGACUGCACAGAACAUCAUAAAUCAACAGUUUCCUGCCCUGGAUGACAUCUUCACCUCCCAUUGCCUGCAAAAGACACACAACAUCCUCGAGGAUCCAUCCCAUACUGCCCACCAAUUGUUCACUGACCCGUCCAACCAAGCAUAUCACCUCUUCAUUCUUCACACAUCAGACAAAAGAUACAGAAGCAUCACUAGCAAAACAUUAUAAUUCAGAGAUACCUACCCCCAGGCUAUCAGACAUGUAAAUACAACUGAAACGAUGGUAUUUCAGUUUAUCAACAUUAGAUGUUGUUACAUGUGAAAUUAUUUUGCUCUGCAACUUAAUGUACUAAAAUCAUGAAUGUAUACACAAUGCCAGUGCAAUAUCUACUAAACAGAUUGGCCCUCUGCACUAUGGACUGUUUUUUUUUCUGCAUUCUGAACUGUUCCUCUUCAACUCCAGCACUUAGGACAGUACAGGGCUCAUGUACUCUGAUACUCUGUUACGUAUAGGUAUGCUCUGUUGCAUUUUCUUGUGUUGUAUGUUGUUGAAUGUGUGGAUGUGAGCACACCAAGACAGAUUCCUAUCAGCUUAUGAA